GUUUGAACUUGGCUUCGGCCUGGAGUCCUGCGCAGCCCGGGGUCGUCGGCUGCCCGGCGAGCGGCGAUGAGAUGCGAGUGCAGAUCCCGGCCAUGCAGAUACUGGUGCCUCUAACUCCUUCAGCCCAGAGCACCUCACCUCUGACUCCCAGCACAGGAAAGCAGCAUGGUCAGGAGGGGUUAAGCUUCGGCUGAAGCACAGGCGCAGUGAACCGGCAGGUCGACCUCACUCGUGGCACACAACCAAAUUUGGGGAGAGCCAAACCGAUGCCAGCAUGAUGCAGAUAUCUCAGGGCACGAUUGGCCCUCCUUGGCACCAAAGCUACCAUUCCAGCUCCUCUACAAGUGACCUCUCCAACUAUGACCAUGCUUAUCUGAGGCGGAGCCCUGACCACUGCAGCUCCCAGGGAAGCAUGGAGAGCCUGGAGCCCAGUGGGGGAUACCCAUCCUGCCAUCUUCUUUCUCCUGCCAAGUCCACCAGCAGCAUUGACCAGCUCAGCCACUUCCAUAACAAGAGAGACUCAGCUUAUAGCUCUUUCUCCACCAGUUCUAGCAUCCUAGAGUAUCCACCCCCUGGCAUCUCUAGCCGGGAGCAUUCAGGCUCCAUGGACACUACUUCUGCUCGAGGUGGCCUCCUAGAAGGGAUGAGGCAGGCAGACAUUCGCUAUGUCAAGACAGUCUAUGAUACCCGGAGGGGAGUUUCAGCAGAGUAUGAGGUGAACUCUUCAGCCCUGCUUCUUCAAGGUAGGGAGGCCCGAGCAUCAGCAGAUGGUCAAGGCUAUGACAAAUGGUAUAAUGUUGCUCGGGGCAAGGGAGCGCCACCCCCAUUCUGGAGCCAGCAGUGCCCCAGUUCCUUGGAGACUGCCACUGACAGCCUGCCUCCUAAGGCCAGUGCACCCCUGCCUCCAGCUCGCAGUGACAGUUACGCAGCUUUUCGGCACUGUGAGCGGCCCAGCUCCUGGUCUAUCCUUGAUCAGAAACGGUUCUGCCGGCCUCAGGUGAACUCCUCAGGCUCCCUGAAAUCUUCAUUCAAAGAGGAGCAGCUGCAUACAGUACUAGAGAAGAGUCCAGAGAACAGCCCCCCAGUGAAGCCCAAGCAUAAUUAUACCCAGAAGGCACAACCUGGCCAACCUCUGCUGCCGACUGGCAUCUACCCUGUACCUUCCGUGGAACCACACUUCGCCCAGGUGCCCCAGUCUUCCGUGAGCAGUAACAGUACACUCUACCCUGCACUGGCCAAGGAGAGUGGAUACACAGCCCCUCGGGGAGCUUGCAACAAGAUGGCUACCUCUGAUGAGAAUGGGAACCUAAAUGGAUCUAGCAGGCCUGGGUUUGCCUUCUACCAGCCCCCAGAACAUGACUCACUGUCCCCAGGGGAGAGGAAACCAGAAACUACAGCCAAGUGUGUCCCCUACAAAGUCCAUUUUUCUUCAGUGCCUGAAAACGAAGAGGAUACCUCCCUAAGGAGACAUCUCACACCUUCCCAAGGCAACAGCCCACAUCCCAGUGAGAGAAAGAGCACCCACAACAGCAAUCCAUGUUCUAAUCACCACAGCCUCCAGUACCCUCAAGCUCAGGUCUGGCACGUGGGUGAAGACAAGCCCUCAGAGCCCUGGGAGGAUGUUUUCCAGGAAGACCAUAAUGCCAACCUCCAGCGGAGGAUGGAGAGAGAAGGACUAACCCAGGGCGUGUCAAGCAACUUUGGCAAGACCAAGUCAGCUUUCUCAUCUCUCCAGAACAUUCCCGAGAGCCUAAGAAGACAAGGCAGCCUGGAGCUGAGAGCCCAGGAGGGUUACCUGGGUGGCAGGCCCACCUGUCCAGUCAACACCAAGAUGGAGGACCCUGGAAGGAAAGCCGUGCCUGACCACAGGAGCCAUCCGGACAGGCCAGUUUCCUAUCCAAGACCAAAUGGCAGAAGCCAUGCCUCCACUGCUAUCCACAGUUCAGACCUAGGAUAUGAAGAGCCGCCCACCCCGCUGCACCAGCAGACAUCCAGUCUGGGCCGGAGGAGGCUCAGCUCAGGCAGCACCUCGGCUUUGCAAGGCUUCCAGUACGGGAAGCUCCAGUGCUCGGUGCUGGAGAAGGUUUCGAAGAUCGAGCAGCGAGAGCAAGGGAUCCAGAGACCGCCGAGUGUGGGCAGCUUCGGCUGUGGCCAUAACUACAGGCCCAACAGGAUGGUCCCAACUUCCAACGUUUCUGGGAAUGACUUGGAGGAGACAAAAGCCAAUAUCCGUUUCUCCGAGUCUGUUGAACCCCUAGGCAAUGGGGAGCAGCACUUCAAAAACGGGGAGCCAACGGUGGAAGAGGUUUCCUGGCAGCCACCUGGUCAGCAGCUCAGGAGGGGUGUCAACGACGGCCGUGGCCCCCCACUCCGAGGCAGUGAGCCCCCGAGGCCGGACGCUCGCCUCUUCCGCAGCCAGAGCACCUUCCAGCUCUUCAGCGAGGCCGAGAAGGAGGCCGCGUGGCCGGAGGACAGGCCCGGCACGCCCGAGUCGCCCCUACUGGAUGCCCCGUUUAGCCGCGCCUACCGGAACAGCAUCAAGGACGCGCAGUCCCGCGUCCUGGGGGCCACCUCCUUUCGACGCAGGGACCUGGAGCCGGGCGCACCCAUGGCUUCGAGGCCCUGGCGGCCGCGGCCCUCCUCAGCCCACGUGGCGCUAACGAGCCCCGAGGUGCCGGCGCAGGCCUCCGCCUCCCCCCACACGCCUCGGGAGCGACACAGCCCCGGCCUCGCCGCGGCCUGCAGCCUGAGCUCGCUGCGGGAUCCGAGCCUGCAGCCCCACAGGGAGGCCGCCCUCCUGCCGGCUGCGGCCGCAGAGCCCUCAUGGGGCCCCCGGGAUCGCAGCAGCUCCUUCGCUGGCAGCCGCCUCCACGGCGAAUGGCGACGCGGGGACCCCCAGGCCCCGAGGGAGUUGCUGGGUGGAGCUAAGAGUGGACCAAGGGGCACCCAAAGGGUGGACAGGACCCCUAGGGAGCCAUCUUCCUGGGGGGCUGUGACUGGGAAGUCUAUGUCGGCCGAGGACCUUCUGGAACGCUCGGACGUCCUGGCUGUCCCAGUCCACGUGAGGUCCAGGUCAUCUCCCAUUGCGGACAAGAAGCGCCAGGAUGUGCUGUUGGGGAAAGACAAUGGCUUUGGUCUUGUGAAUGAUCCACGUUAUUUGGCUGGCCCUGGAUCUAGGUCACUCAGUUGUUCAGAAAGAGGCCGAGAAGAGAUACCAUUAUUCAUACACCAUCCUACCCCUCGUUGGGAUGGUUUAGGCUGCAAAGGAGUUGAUGGUUCCUCAGUUCCUGGUGACCAUCCUGGAGUCCUGGACCAUCAAAGGCAAGCCAGCAGAACACCUUGCCCCAGGCCGCUGCCGGCAGGAAUGCCAGGGCAUCUGACAGACACCAGGGCUGUGCAACUGACCCCACUCAGCUCCCCUCUGCCUUCACCUGUUCCCUCUAGCUACUGCUCACAGGUUGCCACUGACCAGCAGUCUGGAAGGGACGGUCAGGCAGGGCAACAGUCUCUUGCACCUUGCACCCCUGCAAUGACCCACAGAAGCAACGGUCACACCUUGACCCAUCCUCCGAGUCCAAGAGGCUGUGAGGUCAACAGCUCAGAGCAUGGGGUAGAAGAGGGAAUGAGGAAGAGAGCCUCACUGCCUCAGUGGCCACCGCCUCCUCGGGCAAAGUGGGCCCAAGCAGUCAGGGAGGACAGCCUGCCUGAGGAAUCCUUGUCACCUGAGUCUGCAAACCUGAAGCACUAUAAAAACCAGCAGAACCCUCCAAGUUCAUGCAGCACUUCUGACCCAGACACGCCUCUUAGGGCCCCAAGCACUCCAGGGAGGAUCUCCCUCCGCAUAUCCGAGUCGGUCCUGCUGGCGUCCCCGCCACCUCGGGACGAUUAUGAGGAUGAAGUGUUUAUGAAGGACUUGCACCCCAAGGCCACUUCCAGCCCCACAUUUGAAGCUCUUCCCCCACCCCCACCUCCUCCACCUCCACUGAGCCAGGAAACCCCAGUGAAUAGCAUGGAUGACUUUCCUCCACCUCCUCCCCAAACCGCUGACGAGGCACAGCUGCUGGACAGCGAGGAUUACGAGGAGCCCCGCAGCAGCUCCAGCAAGUUUCCCAAGAUGACAAUUGCAAGGGAAAGGGACAUGCCCGGUGCAGCCCAUUUUGUAGGUAGUAAGAUACUGGCUUCCAGACCCCAGGCUUCUAUCAGGGGUUCAGAGGCUAGCCCCCCCUCCAUCAUGGCUGUUCAGCCCCAACUUGCUGGGUCUUUUGGCAAGCAGCCAAGCCCAGGGCAGCCACCUCCCAUCCAGACUCAAAGCCUCAUCCACGAUCCGGUCAAUGGAACUCAGGGUAUAGAAAAGAAAGUCAGUUCUGAUCCUCAGAAGACCUCAGAAGACAUCAGAACAGAGGCUCUGGCCAAGGAAAUUGUCCACCAAGAUAAAUCUCUGGCAGACAUUUUGGAUCCAGACUCCAGAAUGAAGACGACUAUGGACCUGAUGGAAGGUUUGUUUCCCCGAGACGUUAACUUGCUGAAGGAAAACAGUAUAAAGAGGAAGGCCGUGCAGAGAACUGUCAGCUGCUCAGGAUAUGAACGCAACAGGAGUGAAGACAAGGAAGCAGUGGGUAUGUUGGUCAACUGCCCUGCCUACUACAGUGUGUCUGCUCCCAAGGCUGAACUUCUGAACAAAAUCAAAGACAUGCCAGAAGAGGUGAAUGAGGAAGAGGAGCAGGCAGAUGUCAACGAAAAGAAGGCCGAGCUCAUUGGAAGCCUCUCCCGCAAGCUUGAGACCCUCCAGGAAGCAAAAGGGAGUCUGCUCAUGGACAUCAAGCUCAAUAAUGCCUUGGGAGAAGAGGUGGAGGCUUUGAUCAGUGACCUCUGCAAGCCUAAUGAGUUUGACAAGUACAGGAUGUUCAUAGGAGACUUGGAUAAGGUGGUGAAUCUGCUGCUCUCCCUCUCAGGGCGCCUGGCUCGUGUUGAGAACGUCCUUAGUGGCCUUGAUGAAGACGCCAGUAAUGAAGAAAGGAGCUCUCUCAAGGAGAAGAGGAAGAUCCUGGCAGGGCAGCACGAAGAUGCGCGGGAGCUCAAGGAGAACCUCGAUCGCAGGGAGCAGGUGGUUCUGGGCAUCCUGGCCAAUUACCUGUCAGAGGAGCAACUCCAGGAUUACCAGCACUUUGUGAAAAUGAAGUCAACGCUCCUUAUUGAGCAGCGAAAGCUGGAUGACAAGAUCAAACUGGGCCAGGAGCAGGUCAAGUGUCUGCUGGAGAGUCUUCCCUCGGAUUUCAUGCCCAAGGCCGGGGCUCUCGUUCUGCCCCCAGACCUGGCCAGUGAAACAACUCCUGUGGGGGGUUGUACUUUCAGUGGUGUUUUUCCAGCAUUAACCUCUCCACUUUAACCUCUUCUAAAAUACCCAACCAAAAGAUCACCAUUUCUCUCCACACUUUAAUAUGAGAAAUGUUGCAGUACAAACACUGUUUGAACUGUAUAGGUUAUUGGCGUUUUUCUGGAUAAAAGGAAAAAAAUUCUGUCCAGGAAGAAGCCUGUUUUUUCCUUCUUGCCCUUCAUGAUUGAUCUUUGAGAGUUUGAAUGCUGCUGGAAGCUUAUGCCUUUCUAUUAUUACUUUGUAGUAGAAAGAAAGUUAAUGAAACUGACUGGAGAGUUUUCAUUGAUCAUUUAGUUUUUAACAGGCUGAGGCAACAUAGAUCAGUGUGUGCAACCCUCAGGAACGUAUCCACAGUGGCCUUCCUUGCUGGUGGGCGGUGUAUCCUGACGACAGGUACAGGUACCGUUAACGAAGGGUCUGCAACAUAAAGCCUUAAAAAGACACAAACACGCACACACUGAGAAGAAAAUUGUAAAACCUUGAACAUUGUUAUUUAUAUUUUUAAAAAUGAAAAAGAUCAUUAUGUUUGUGUGCUAACCACUUAUUUGAUUGUAUUUUGUGGUGGACGUAGACAAUUAUAUUUGAGCUUUGUAUUUUGUGAAAACCUUAAUGAAAUGAAGAAUUCCAAAGAUAGUCACAGUGA